CAGCCACAGUUGACGGAUAUCCCCUGUCCGAGGACACACCCUCCUCGCACACUCACACACUAAACGCUCCGCACCGUCAGGCUUUUCCCACAAAGUGCGCCUACCAGACCCUCACUUCCACAGUAGCCAACACCCGCAGCACCACUCCACACAUGCUGUGCGGAUCUGAUACAUUCUCUUGCUCUGUCUACUCAACGAGUCGUCUGGGCGCGCCGAGUGAAAGCUGCAGCGUGCGGGGGUUAAAGGCAGGGGGGAAAGUCGCGUUGUAAAGAGUGAGUAAAUGGGAUGAGAGCUCAAGUCACUGAGCCAGCAGGUCGGACGCUCAAAGCUUCUUAACGGCAGGUGGAGGGAACAGAGAAGGCAGUGGUGGGGGCAGUGUUUUCCCUUGAGUAGACCCACCCUGGAUACUGCUAAGUGUAGGUUUCAGGCAACCAGGCAGGUUGACCACCUCUACAGACAAUUUCUACGGCCUCACCUUUACCGUCACUAUCUCUCAGACUAUAACGAUGACCAGACCGUAAGUGAACCGAUGAGAACCAAUCAAGGAAACGGGACCCUCCACCGUUCCAAGACGCACGGUUUAAGUCUACAAAGCUUAGCCCUUGUUAUGGGAAGAUACGUAGAGAAGGGUCAACUCUGGGGGGAAAGGAGGGGAAGAGGUUUGGGAAAUGGCUUAAGAACAACAACAAGACACCCGGAACGAGGACAGACGAGGACCAUGCUUUUUCUAGUCUCUCUCGCUUUGCAGUCACAGCUGGUGUGUGCGGGGGGCAUGUUCGAGGUACAGAUCCGGCAGUUCCAAAACCCUGUUGGCCUUCUGCAGAACGGGGAGUGCUGUGACCUCCUGUCCAACAGGGGGCAACGCUGCCCAGUCAGUGACCAAUGUGACACAUUCUUCCGGGCCUGUCUGAAGGAGUACCAGGCCCGCGUGGCCCCCACUGGAACAUGUACUUUUGGGUCGGGCAGCACGGCAGUUCUUGGGGGCAACACACACUCUCUUCGCCACCACACACAUGACGGAGGAGAAGGAAGCAAUGGACGUAUCAGCAUUCCAUUUCUGUACGCCUGGCCAAAAUCCUUCUCCCUGGUGCUGGAGGCUCUUGACCAUGACAAUGAAACGGAACCGGUGAAGGAGCAGCUGAUCGAGCGCGUGCUGCUCACCUCCAUGCUGAACCCGGGCGAGCAGUGGCAGCCCUUCCACCACUACGGCCGGCAGCUCAGCCUGGAGUUCCGCCUGCGCUUCCGCUGCGAGGCCAACUACUACGGCUCGGCCUGCAAUCGCUUCUGCCGCAGUCGUGACGACUUCUUCGGACACUUCGACUGCGACGUGACCGGCACCAAGGUCUGCAAGGAGGGCUGGACGGACCCUGAGUGUCGGGAGGCUGUUUGUCGACAGGGAUGCCACCGAGACCACGGCACCUGCAAGCAGCCCGGCGAGUGCAUCUGUAACUAUGGUUGGAGGGGCCUGCUCUGCGACGAGUGUGAGACCUUCCCUGGGUGUGUCCAUGGCACCUGCACGGAGCCCUGGAAGUGUGUGUGUGACACCAACUGGGGUGGACUGUUGUGUGACAAAGAUCUGAAUUACUGUGGCACUCACUUGCCCUGUAAAAACGAGGGUACGUGUGCCAACACGGAGCCCAAUGAGUACCAGUGUGUCUGCCAGGAGGGCUUCCGCGGCCGAAACUGUGACAUUGUGGAGCAUGCCUGCUUGUCAUCGCCCUGUCUCAAUGGAGCCACUUGCGUAGAGGAUGAGAACCCAGCUGGCUUUAGCUGCGCCUGUGCAGAUGGCUGGAUGGGUCCCACCUGUGCAGAUGCCGUGCUGAAGUGCGAGUCCAGCCCGUGUGGCCAGGGAGCCACAUGCCAAGACACCCCAGAGGGCUUCCAGUGCCUGUGCCCACCAGGCUGGACUGGCAGGACCUGCCAACUGGACACCAACGAAUGUGAGUUAGGUGUGUGCAUGAACGCCCGCUCCUGCCGUAACCUGAUAGGUGGCUACCUUUGCGACUGCGUCCAAGGCUGGUCUGGACCCAACUGUGAGAUCAGGAACGGCAGUUGCCUGGGCUCGUGUCUGAACGGCGGACGCUGUGAGGAGUCACAGUCAGCCUGGCACUGUGUGUGUCCACCUCCCUUUUCUGGGAAGCACUGCCAGAUUGCAAGAAGACCCUGUGAGAGCGCCCCCUGUCUGCAAGGAGGGAAGUGCGUGGAGCAGGAGAGUGGGCAAGGCUUCACCUGCAACUGUCCCAUAGGCUACACAGGGUCACACUGUGAGGUGCAAGUGGACCCGUGUAAUCCCAACCCGUGUGAACAUGGACUCGAGUGCCAUAGAACGGAUAGCAGCUACAUGUGUUACUGCCCUAAUGGGUGUGCAAGCCUUAAUGGGGCCUGUCACGGGCAGCACUGCCAAGCAGGUAGUGUGUCAGACCUGAGUAAGGGCAGCUUUGCCACGUCCAUGGUGCUGGUCGGCGUCUUCGCUUUGGUGCUGGCGGCCGGCUGCACUGCGUGUGCCAUGCUGCUGUCGCGGCUCCAGCGCCGGCACCAGCGCAAGCAGCAGCUGCAGGGGGGCAGCGUGGUGCUGCACGAGGGCGCGACCAUCAACAACCAGCGGGACUUCUGCGUGCCCAUCCGCAACGUGGAGCGCAGCGGGGCACCUCUGCUGCCCGCCUCCGGCAUGCCGCAGCACUGUUGUGCCGCUGAAGAGAUCGAGCUCACGCUGCCUCCUUCGCCCGCGCCAUCCCACUCUUCCCCUGCCCUCAAACCCACAAACUUGCCCAAGCAGGACAUCUCCAACCUGGAGCGCGAGAAGCUCAACCGCUUCCACUACACGGACAACAUUGAGCAGGAGGCAUGACCUGCCCAUGACCCCAGCCCCC